AUGAUAUGGCAAUAUCCAGACUUCAUAAGAUCUGGAGAUGAAGUCAUACCCGGGAGUGUCCUGCUGCCAGCGACGCGUCGGGGGCGGUAUCUCGCCAAUAUCGUGAGAAGACAGGCUGUGGAUGGGACUGGUAUAAAAUUUAACAAGGAUGCAGAUAGAAUAAAUGCGGAAGCGAAGAAAAAAGUGGACGUCCUUUCAGAAGAACUAUUGCCAUAUAUAAUAGCUGAACAGGAACGACGGACCACAUUGUACAAACGCAUUAUGACAGCCAUACAAAAUGGUGAGAAAGGGGUCACCAUCGCUGAAAUUAGGAAUAAGCCACCUCUUAUUAUAAGGAAGGGUCUGCUCUAUCGCUGCCCAUCGAACCGCGCGCCGAAAGAACCAGACGGUUCUGGAAUUCUCAUGUGUGAUGACGACAUCGAGCCCAGCCAAGUGAUGUACGACUCGUGUCUGAGUGCUGAGGAUAAAGAGCUCUAUGUCGCUGAGACUAAGUACUUCUUUUGCAAUCGCGAAAGAUUAAUACAUUAUGAAGGGAAACCAAGGAAACUAGACCGCCUACAUGGUACAGUGACAUACAAAUUCGUCACAGAACUAGAUCCGGACAGAGAGGUGUGUGACCACUGGAAUCCAUGUCAAAUCGGAUAUAUUUACAGCCUGCCCACUCCCGACCAGGCGUUGCUUGCUAGCGAAUUAUGGCGUAAGUAG